ACACAAGUUAAUAAAUGAGCUCCUACUGAUUACAGACGUUUACCGGUUGUAACGCGUCUCUAUAGCUAGACAAGCAAUCGUGCUGUUUUGAAACGUUAAAAACACUCUCGGUCGUUAGUAACUGUUGACAUCCUGUCGCACGUGGUAACUUUUUGUCCACUGACAACUUUGUACGAGCGCCGUCGACUUUGUGUUCAAUCAUAAUGCUUGUCCCAUGUGAAGACACUACCGGCGUCCAUUAAAAUGGGAUCCCCCACCUUCAGAGGAGGUUUUGUGGGUCUGUACGUGUGCCUCACUCGAUGGUGAUUGAUCGAACCUCCAGUACCUGCUUGGAUACUUGCUCAAGGUUCCUCAUGGAGUCUGUUGGGAGGUUUGAGUUCAGCAGGAAAGACCUGAUUGGUCACGGCGCCUUUGCCGUUGUGUUCAAAGGACGACAUAAGGAGAAACAUGAGUGGGAAGUGGCUGUCAAGUGCAUCAACAAGAAAAAUCUGUCCAAAUCCCAUUCUCUACUUGGAAAAGAAAUAAAGAUAUUAAAGGAACUCAAACACAGGAAUAUAGUCAGACUACUGGACUGUCAGGAAAUAGGAGGAUGUGUGUAUCUGGUCAUGGAGUACUGCAAUGGAGGUGACCUGGCUGAAUACCUUCAGUCUAAGGGGACGUUAAGUGAGGACACAAUCCGGGUAUUCUUACAGCAGAUUGCUCAGGCCAUGAAGGUUCUGCAAAGCAAAGGCAUUCUUCACAGAGACCUGAAACCCCAGAACAUCUUGCUGUGCCACCCAAUGGGAAGGAGGUCCAGUUCCAUCAACACCUGUGUUAAAAUAGCUGACUUUGGCUUUGCGCGUCAUCUUCAGACAAACACGAUGGCAGCAACACUGUGUGGCUCUCCCAUGUACAUGGCUCCUGAGGUCAUCAUGUCUCAGAAUUAUGAUGCCAAAGCUGAUCUGUGGAGCAUAGGUACCAUUAUCUACCAGUGUCUCACUGGAAAGGCCCCAUUUCAUGCGAACACACCACAGGAGCUCCGCCUCUACUAUGAAUGUAACAGGACCCUCGUACCAAGCAUCCCCAAGGAAACUUCUAGUAACCUAAGGCAGCUACUGUUGGGACUUCUUCAGAGAAACCACAAGGAUCGGAUCAGCUUUGAUGAGUUUUUCCACCAUUCUUUCUUGGAGACAGGCUCAGGCCCGAGGAAGUGCUCUCCAACUCCAGUGUGUUUCUAUCCCAGUUCUGCCUCAGCCAGCUCCUCUAGCAGCUCCUCCACAUCCCAUUCAGCCUCUCCUCAAAUGUCCAAUGGAGAGAGGCGUCAUAACCUUCAGACCAAGUUGACAAAUUCUCCUGUGCAGAACACAGUUGGCUUCCAUUUGAAAGAAAUAGCCAAUCAAGACAGCAGGAACAGUUCAUCUUACACAGAAGACUAUGUAAUGGUCCAUCCUGGGUCACCCUGUGAGUAUACAUGUGAGGAAGAAGUCGGGUCACCCAUUGAGACUUGCCUGCUAUACAGUGGAUGCUCAUUGAUUGCUGAGACAGGUCUUGGAGCUAUUGGUAGAACACCUCCGUCCUCUCCCUCGCUGCAGGGUCGUUCCAAGCCUGCUGGCAAGUCUGCUUUGUGUGGUGGCAGCCAUUCGGAGCCUAUUCCUGUCCCAACUCAGAUCCAAAACUACCAGCGUCUGGAGCAGAACCUCCAACCUAUAGGAUCAAAUGGCUCCACCGGGGUUCGGCUGUGCUAUGCUGGCUACAGUGAAAGUUCCUCACCAUGUGGAGGACAUGCAUCUCCUGAUUCAUGCUGUGCCCCCCAUACCCCAAGGCCAACUAGUAGAGGAUCCCAGGCACAGCAGUACUCUCCACUUGUGGGAACUACACCAAAGACUUCAGAGCAGACCCUACCCCUCAGUACAAGAACUGGAUGGCCCACAGAGUCACCUGACAAGAGGGAAUGUCUCUGCCAUAAGCAGGAAAAUUCAUGCAGGACAAUGUCAGACCUACAUAGUCCUCGCCUGGCUCCUGUUACCCACACCAAUUACAGCAGGAAACCCACCAACAAAAAGGGGCCAUUUAAAAGAUCACAGAGCAUCGGCAGACUGUCAGACAUGCUACUUAAAGCUGCAUUCGGAGCUCAACUUCUUGAACGGAGAAGUAAUGAGAGCCUUUGCUGUGAGAGCAGCAUGGACAUUGCAGCUCCACCUACUGGCUGUCAUACCGGUCUUCCUUUGUCAGCUAGCCCACCAAUUCCUGUUUUCACUAUGGGUUCCCCAGCCAGCGGAACCACUCCUGAUCUUAUGCUACCAAGGAUGCGAACAGGCUCACCCAACUAUAUUACCUCAGCCUGGCUACUCAAUACUUGUCAUCAAAGAAGUCGUCGAAACAGUGACACUGAAUCUAUGGAUGCUACCCCACACAGUCUGGUCUUUUAUCCUCCUGAGCUUCCGGAAGACACACUAAUGGAGCAGGCCCAUACAGAUGCUCUUAGUGACCUUCAGUUCACAUUGGCGUUUGUGCACUGUAUCAUGGAAAUGGCUUCUUCAAAGGACGCGGCACCGUUGGAUCCCGUCAGCGGCCUUGAAGUUUCCUUUUUGGAACACAGUUUGCUGACGGAUCAGAUCAGCCUCUUAAGUCGAGAAUGGAGCUAUGCAGAACAGUUAGCGCUGUACAUGAAGGCGGUGGAGUGUUUGUCAACAGCUCUGCACGGAUCUAAAGAACAUAUCCAGCAAGGUCGACUACUUCCUUCAUCUGCAGUCAAACAAGUGAUUAAGAAGCUGAAUGAGUUGUACAAGGGCUGUGUUACAUGCUGUCGCUCCCUCAGCGAUCGGUUGCAGAGUUUUCUGUUGGACAAGCAAAAGCUUAUGGAUCGCUUCAAUGGACUCACAGCAGAGAAGCUCAUCUAUUGCCACUCUGUGCAGAUGGUACAGUCUGCAGCUUUAGAUGAGAUGUUCCACUGCGGUACAGGAAUAGUACAGCGCUACCAUAAAGCUCUCCUGCUGCUGGAGGGUCUGUCUCGAUUCGUCACAGAGCAAAAGGACAUUGACAGUAUAGAAAAAUGCAAGCAGUGUAUUGAGCGACGCCUCUCUGUCCUGCAAAUCUAAGUGUCCAAGAGGCAUGCUGCUGCCUUCAGAGAAAAUGUGUUGUCAUUCCUCAUUAACUUCCUUGCAAUUAUAUACAAUAAGAAGAUAGAGCCUCCAAGACUGUUGAUAUACACUAGCACUUUUAUAUUUCUCAAGGGAAUAAACACUAGAGUGCCAGCUCCAAGCACACAGUCCAGUGAACGGUCGAAAAUUCUGACCCAUGCACAAAGAAGACUGGACUUCCUUGGGCAUGAUCUUGACUGUUUGACAAGACAUAUGUUUUGAUCUGUAAUUGUUUUUAUUACCAAAGUUUAUUGUGUUGUUUGUUAGUGUUUGGCACAUAAAACCGGCCAAAACAUAAGUUGUACUUGAAACAAAUGUUAGUAUUUGUGAGGUUUACUGAAAUGUUAAGUGACAAACAGGAAUAACAAGACGCUGAAUGAAAUGACCAAUGAUUAUACAGUAUGUGUAGCUAUAAUAGUGCCUUCUAUUUGUGAGUUUUCACUGACAAUUCAAAUAGGAUUCACACGUAUGUAUGAUUAGAUUUAGGAGACUUAAUUUCAUGUGAAUGACGUGUUACUUUGAUGACUCAACUGAUGUAUUAUAUUUAUUGCAUGGAACAUGUUUUUGUAUGUGUUUACAUUGCUUUCAUUCACCUGAGUUUGACAGGUGUAUGCAUUGUGUGUGUGUGUGUGCGUGUGUGAAGACAUUUUGCUAUAGCGAAACACAUUAAUAUAUCGUUUUUUUUCUUCCAGUCUUGCAUUUGCACUUUUUACAGAUUUUAUGAUGGACAGUGUUGGGAAAGCAUGUUUUUGAAGCACAUUGUCAUGAAAAUAAAUGUGUA